GGAGGCGGGGGAGAGUUUGCGUCGGGGAUUCGAACGAAGGGAAUGCGGGAAAGAAGCAAGCUCGUCGGAGAGUCGCGAGGAAAGGGAGAUCUAAAACGCGACGACUAUACGAGCGAGUCGAGGACCGAUACGCGGGCGAAGGACGUGGGUACGCACCCACACCACGUCGCGUUCAGCGCGCACACACAUGCCGGCGUGUGCAAACGUGCACGCGUGCAUGAGUGCAUCGUGCGUAUAUACGCGUCUCGGCAUUUCCCGGAGACCGCAGGAUAUUGGCCUAGACGCAGCGCGAUUGGCCGAUCGUGCGACCAGGGUCGAGGAUGCCUCUGCGCGGGUCUCGUUGUGCGUGCCGUUCAGUGGCGUAACCUCGCCGUUACCUACUUUUUACCUUUUUUUUACCUUUUUUUACGCAAGUGCUCCCUUUUUCCGUCGAAAGCGACGAACGAACGAGCCGUUCGAUCGUCGCCGACGCGUUCGUCUGGCGCGCGAGCGCGUCGUGUUUCGCAUCCAGUUUAAAAGUGGAUUUGGCGCCGAACGUCGCGUGAACACCGCCACCGGUUACGCCACUGGCCGCACUCACACGAGAACGAUGAAACGACACACGGACGCGCGCAUCGUUGCCACCCCUGUUCCCCGUUUCCCGUAUUCCCUGUCCUAUUCCCUACACGAGUGAGGAGAGCCAUGACCGUGACCAGGCCGCCGUCUGGGGCCUUGCCUAUCGCAUCUUCGACACGCACACGGGGCGGCAAGUCGCGUCAGUGGUCGCCGAGUAGGCCGUAGGAGAGGGUUUCCCGUUCGGCGUUCGCCGACUGUUGGUUCGAAAUCGUUGUCGCUGUUGCGUCGCGGGUGUGCACUCGUGUUAGCGUCGCGCGUUCGCCGUCGUUCGCCUGUUCUUUUUUUUUCUCUCUCUCUCUCUCUCUCUCUCUCUCUCUCUCUUUUUCCACCCUUGGUCGAUCGCCCGUGAUCGACGUGAAAUCGUCGCCGACCGAACCGGAAGGGAACGUCCGAUGGAGUAGAAGAACCGAGAGAGCGGCGACGACGACUACGAGGGACACGGGUCAACGACGAAUCGCGCAGUACGCGCGGCAGGGUUCGGUCGCGGAGGAAUGGUGAAACAGACUCUGUGAAGAUCGUGCAAGGAUGCGAAAAGGAUCGACCUCGUUCUCGGCGGUUUCGCGUACGCACGCGCCCCCGCGCAUCAUGCGCGUUCAUUGAGGGGUAGCGCGUUCUCGCGGCAAACGCUUUUCCUUUUUUUCUCCUCCUCCUCCUCCUCCUCCUCCAGCUCCUCUUCUUCUUUUUCCACGCGUACUUCUUCUUCCUGUUCCUGCCCUCGCGAGAGAAUCGAACACGGACGGAUACGAGUGCACGCCUCGACGAACCGAUCGUGCGUCGCCGUCUCCUCGGCGGCCAUUUAAACAGCUGGGCGUCAGCGUUUCUCGGGGCAGAAGGGAUCCCGUACGGUUUGCCAAUCUCGUGGACCGAUCGAAAUGGCGAGCACGUCGCAACAGUACUGCCUGCGCUGGAACAAUCAUCGAUCGAACCUGCUGACGGUGUUCGACGAGCUACUGCGGAACGAGGCGUUCACCGACGUCACGCUGGCAGUGGACGGAGGGGCCUCCGUGAAAUGCCAUAAGAUGGUCCUGGCCGCUUGCUCCUCCUAUUUCCAGACCCUUUUCAUCGAUCUACCGUGCAAGCAUCCGAUCGUCGUGCUGAAGGACGUGAAAUACUCCGAGAUCAAGGCCAUCCUGGACUACAUGUAUCGGGGCGAGGUGAACGUCGCCCAAGAACAGCUGGCCGGACUGUUGAAGAUCGCUGAGGUGCUGAAGGUGAAAGGACUCGUCGAGGAGAACGGUUCUCAAGGUCGCCGGGAGGAAGUCGAGACUUCCGUGUCACCUCCUCCGGCUAUAACCACCAGCACGUCGAGCAGCGCUGCGGUACACAGCAGCGGACACGCAUCUCCCCCUCAUUCCACCAACACGUACAACGUCCUGUACAGGAGGUCGUCGCCGGUGCAGUGCGAGCGAGCCAGCAGCCGUAUGCCGUUGCCGAUGUGGCCGCUCUCGGAGAUGCCCAUGUCUCACGCGUCCAGCUCCAGUCAUCAUCGUCCGACGCCGACCCACCAGCAGCACGCCUGCAUGUCCUCCGGGCAAUCGUACGCGGGCAGCGACAACGGCUUCGACACUUCCCCGUUCAAACGCAAAAAGUCGUCGAACGUGCCGUUCGGCCACAGGGACACGCCGAUCCUCAGGACGGUCCUGGGUCAGGGCCAGAGUCACGGGCACGGGCACGGCCACGCGGACAGCUCGCAAGGUAUCCCGCUCUUGCCUCACCCGGACAGUCACGAGAGUCACUUUCGAUGCAACAGCAACGGUUCGUCGAACGCGGACGACAGACGCGGCAGCACGGAUCUGGCGCAGGGGGAACACGCUCACAGCCCGUACACCGACCUGACCAUCGUCGACGAGGACGAGAAACAGUCGACGUCGCCUCGGUCCUAUCCUUCGGACGUCAAGCAGGGCAACGUGAACUACGCGUCGGCCCAGAAGCCGGAGUGGAAACGAUACAAGCAGUACACCCGGGACGACAUCAUGUCUGCGAUCGAGGCCGUGCGGUUGGGAAUGAGCGCCCUUCAGGCGUCGCGUAAGUACGGGGUACCCUCUCGAACUCUCUACGAUAAGGUGAAGAAGCUGGGGAUCCCGACGUCGCGGCCGUUCAAGCGCGGCUCGAACGGUAGCGGCGCGUGUUUCCCCUACGGUAUCGGUGGCUCGAACGGCAGCAUUUACGGAACCAGCGGUGGUGGCGGUGGCGGCGGCGGCGGCGGUGGCGGCGGCGGCGCCACGUCGGAGACCGAGACCGACGCGGGCAGCGUAGUCGAGGGCGGCUCCGUGCUCGAUCCGCUGGUUUACAAGUCCGGUUCCGUGGAUCGAGAAUCACUUGAUCGUUCCCGCGUAGCCAGCCCUGUGAUGCAUUCCGCGAAACAACAGAGCAACGAGGAGGAUCAAGUGGAGGAUCUCUCCGUGGGUCGGAAGACCGACAUCCGCGUGAUAGUACCGCCGGCGUUCCCGGCCAACCAAGAGGAAGACGACACCGACAAUUGCAAUCGCAAAUAAUCGUUAAAUUUAAACGAACCGAGACUGGGUCUGUCCCCGAGCGGAACAUAUACGGGGCUCGACCGAAUCCCACUUUUCUCCAAUUAUCCUUUGAGUAUAAGACUGAUAGACGCACGUUGCGGAAUCAUGAGACUGAUGAUGAGUGUAAUCGAUCGUUCGCGUUUCAAAGUUGUCGAAAGCCUGACGCGACGGCGACGACGGUCGAGAGCUCCAAGUGCCUUCUCGAAUACGUUGUUAAAACGUAAUUAUUAUCGCGGACAUACUCGGCCGGGGGAAAAGUAUCGCGAUCGUUCCGCUCUAUAAUCGAUAUAAUUAUUCAUUACGCGUGUCCGUUACUCUCGUUGUUUCUCGCGUCCGAUCGACGCUCGGCUCGAAUCUCGGACCGCGUUAAGCUUUAAACACUUUUGAAACCAGUGAACCGUGCGCGUUCUCUUUAAAUAAUCGCGAUCGUUGCGAUUCGAUCCUCUCGCUUCCGGCUCUGGCUUUGCAAUUUACGCGACGGCAUCGUUCCACGAUCACGAUCGAUUUUUAUAGAUUUUAUAGAUGAUUAUUAUUAGUACCGGGGGAUCGUAGGAACGCGUCGCGCGAAAGGGAACGGACGGAGAGAGAAAUUUUAUCAUAUGUUCAUCAUUUUGUUUUCCUUUUUUAAGAGAAGAAUAUUCCUAUAUCUGUAGCAUUAAAUGCUAUCGAAAGAACGCCGAUCACGCGUACGUCUGUACCCCUGUCCAGGGGAAGGAGAGAAACGGAGAUGGAAACAAUGCUCGGGAUCGUACGCUCGAUCGCUGUUCAUUCGUUACUAAUUCUAAGAGUUUACAUUAUCGUCGUCGACGAAUGGUCCUGGGAUACAGCUGCAAUAUUGCUCAAACUAUUGGCGCAUAAUAACGAACAAUAGAAAACGAUAUACCUCAUUGUACAACGAACG